CGGCCCACCGAGCAGGCGGACUGCCCAAAUAUUACGCAAAACAGCCGUAUGAUGCAUCGAUAGCGCAGCUGGAUCGGUACAAGGACCGCUGGGUGCCCCGAGCACUCUUCGCCAAAAUGAAGAAAAAGGUGCGUUGGUGGGCUUGCAGGUUGCGUUCUUUCUGGCUGGCUGGCGCAUUUUGGACUCUGAUAUAGCCUCAUUUACUACUGAGAUCGUGAUAAUCCUGCUGAAAUGGGGUUGUUUGUUUCCCUUAUAUUGUUUAUUAGGUUCUCUUGAUGGGAAAGUCGGGCUGCGGCAAGACGUCCAUGCGCUCCUUGAUUUUCUCGUCCUACAAGGCAAGCGACACACGCCGCCUCGGCUCCACAUUAGACGUCGAGCACUCGCAUGUGCGCUUCCUCGGCAACCUCGUCCUUAACCUUUGGGACUGCGGCGGCCAGCAGAGCUACAUGGACAGCUAUCUGGACAGCCAAAGACAACAGGUCUUUUCUGCUGUCGGCGUGUUGAUUUACGUUUUCGACUUAACCGGAGAAGAGAGCGAGUGGGGAAAAGACGUGCGCUAUUUCAAGGACUGCCUUUCGGCUUUGCAAAGCAACUCCCCGGAAGCGGGCGUGUUUUGCCUGCUUCACAAAAUGGACCUUGUUGAUGCUUCUCGCCGGAAAUCCGUGUAUGCAAGUCGAGUAGCGGAGCUCAAAAAGAAGAGUGAGGGUAGACCCGUUACCUUCUUCCCCACCAGCAUCUGGGACGAGACACUAUAUCGGGCCUGGUCUCUCAUCGUCCACGCGCUCAUUCCUAACAUCGCUACGCUCGAGCGGCAUCUUGCGCAGUUCGCACGAAUAUGCUCUGCGGCCGAGGUCGUCCUUUUCGAAAAGUCGACCUUCCUCGUCAUCUCGCGCAGCACACAGCAGCCGGAUGUCGAUUCCAAUAUUGAAACCCCUGGCAGCAAUGGUGCUGAUGCCGAUGCUUCCGCAACAUCCAUGUGCUCGAAAGCGGGCAACGAAGCAGCAGAGCUAGGGGCGUCGCACCCUUCAGCAUCGACGUCGAGCAUCGGUAGCAGCUCCACGUCGGAGCUGCACGGAGCGGCGGUUAGCACGCAAAAGGGGCGAAAGCUGAGUCCCGAACGGUUUGAAAAGAUCAGCGAGCUGAUCAAGAACCUCAAAUCUUCAUGCGCGAAGCUGCAAGCGCAGUUUCAAGGUCUGGAAAUCCGCGGAGCGACAUACACCGCAUAUCUCGAUCUGUUGACGACGAAUACAUACGUCAUGGUCAUUGUCGCAGACCCGCGAAUACAACUCGCUGCUAUCAAGCUGAAUGUCGAGCUUGGUCGUGAACAUUUCGAGAAACAACAGGCGAUCAGCACUGGUUCUGCCUAAGCUCCACGUUUUUGGCGCUCGGUGUGCUUUUUUGUCACACUGGGAUGAGAAAUCAAUAUGUAUGACUGAAUUCGACUUGUGUUUACAAGGUUGCAUCUCGCCUUCACCUGCUUCGUUUACUCAUUUCGUCACCUUCGUCGCCCACCAAGUCUCCAACCUCGCCAGCGGCAAGGAAACCCGGAAUGCAAUCCUAGCGAUUGCAUUUGUCGAUCCGUGCGCUGACAGAUUCGUCAACAGCGGCCGCCGUGAGCUCAUACACCACUCUUCCUGAUACUGUCUUCCGUUUCGCAAAC